AUCCGCAGACAGCAGCCCAGUGGCCAGAGUACCGACUCACAAGUCAAACUAGCGAGUCGCACGAACCAGUUCAACGUACUCCGUAAGUAUAGGACCGAGUGUGACAUUCUGUGGCCAUUGUCAAUUGUGCUCCAGUCACAAACUUUUCUCACCACUGUGCCAGAUCCCCUGUUCAACCCCAGUCAAUUCCUCCAUAGGUGCAGUGCAAGCGCGGCGCAACUUGGGCGAUCCUCCAGGCCGCUCGUUGCCAAGUCACAGUUCAGAAGUGAUUACCAGGGUCAAUUCCUGAAGAGACUUGACUGGGUCACAACCGUCUCGGAUGCAGCUGCAUGCCGACUGAACCCGCGAACGCGAACGCGAAAAUCGAGAGCUCGCUUGCGCAAAUACUACGCAUACUAUAGCUCUAGGAGUACUACUAAACGGUCACUUUCCAAGUGGAGGCAAAAGACAUGAUUAUUGCCCUCAAUCGGCAGACUCAGACAAGAAGACGUAACCCAAGGCCGCAAAAGCCACGGCGUGGCCAAGUUAGCUGAGUGGCUAGGUCCCCCUGUGCCGUGCCUUCGGCUCUCGCCCGCCGCCAGCCAACUUGGUGGCAUGCCCUAGGUCACACAAGUCUUCUCCAAUUCUAAAGAUCACAUCACCUGACGAUCUAGGUCUCCGAUUCUCGAUCUCUACUCAACUGUGACGGGAGGGGCCUCAUCAAAAGUAAAGUACCAGGAAUCACCACAAGGCGUUCAUUCAGGCACGUCAAAGAGAGCACGAGACGGCACAGAAUGGCGGUUCAUUCGCAGCCGUGGCGGCACGAUUCUGAGCUGGCCAUGGUUCGAGACUGGUUCUAUCCUGACCACGCAAAACACGAUGCGUUCUCCGCCCCACCUGAGGACAUGCGCCAGAGAGCUGUGGAUCGAGUAAAUUUGUGGCUGUUCAAGGCUGGCCGCUUACCAGCUGCGGUGGUUUCGACUGCAAGCCUGACAGAAGCAUUGAUCCAUGACAAUGGAGUGGCCCACCAGGAAGAUAGGCACGGUUGUGGUGAUGGUCCUGGAAGAAGAAACGUGUCUGAGCCAGCCUUGCAAAGCAUCUAUGCCAUGGCAUUCGCCAGGUUUGUCAAUGGAUUUGUGGAUCGUGACGUUGCUCGUUCUCAGGCCGCUGCGCUUGCAUUGGAUGAUUCAAGGGGUCCUGGUGCAACCACUGUUACGACAUCGUCUCUUGCUGGACAGUCCGCGUCUUCGACAGGCAGGGGCGAGAGCUCCAUGUAUGCCCACGCCGUGACGAUUGGCAUGCCCGAGGUGUUCGUGGACCUACGACAUCAAGUCACCCAUGGCGACUUGCCUGGAUUGUACUACUUGCGGAAGAUGGCCUUGCAGGCCCUGCAGUGGUUGUACCAAAGAUGGUGGGUGAAACACGCUCAAGCAAGUCCGGCAAGGGCAUUGAGAGAGCAGGCCGAGCGUCAUCAGCUUUGUCUGGAGAUGAAAGCCAGGAGGGACGUUGAUGAGAGGCAGGAUGUUGAAUUUUCUGUUGAUGGGGUUGCAGAACGACAUUCGGCAAUGAUGCAGUCCAAUGUCCUCCCCUUGGAGGAUGUCGGCUCCUUUCCGACCUCGAGUCACAAGCGCAAACGGGACGGAUGAAUGAGAUGAUGAAACACAGCGUGAGUGCCCAGGACCGUGAUACCUAUCUCACUAGCUGUCCGCCACCACCUGAUUCUUACCAUUCAUACUCCAAACAUCUGAAUCUCAGCAUCUUGAUCCAACAGCGUUGAAGGUCAUGAUGCAUGCAUUACCUUUGCCGUGAGAAGAACGGUAGAACGACAAACAAAUCUCUCGGCAUCUUUGUUCUCGACGCCAAGAAGCGAUCUCGACCAGUUCUUCCGACACAUGGUCCUUUACUCGUCUUCAAUAAACAUGAUGAGUUGCGUCGAAGCAUAAUUCUAUACAUGACGUCAAGUCGCGGCUUCCUUAGUGCGUCGUCCUAGGAGACAGUUAUUGUCAUGUAUACAUGCUUCUCUCAAUAGGGUGGCUAUGCCCAUGUCUCGGAAAUUGUUGCUGGACUUCCAAAUCAACGGCAAUGGAGAAAGCGAAAGAUAUUUCAUGUCAAGUCGUUGAAGUUGCGUCAGGUAGCAACGAGCACUUCUCUGGUCCCUUUGACGAAUCCAUAGUCCUUGAGGUCACCAACCAGAUGAGCGGAUUGCUUCGGCACUCUUAUCAUCGCCAAAUCAAAAUCGAAUCGCUUUCGGGGCAGACGAGAAAGUAUCUAGUGGAGUUUGAGGACAAGAAUGUGUUCACCAUAAACAGAGUUGAGGAAGAGAGUCAAUCACACGUCAGGCUAGGCACAGUGUGGGUAAGUAUGACUAGGGACAGAGUGUGUCAUGGAUAGAUAUAGGUAUCAUUUGUGGCUAUAAGAGAUAUCUGCAAGAGUGCUGCCCAAUGGUGCCUAGAGCCUUGCAGCCUUAUUCCCAGGAACAAGAUAUUAUUCAG